AAUAAUAAUAAUAAUAAUAAUAAUAAUAAUAAUAAUAAUAAUAAUAAUAAUAAUAAUAAUAAUAAUAAUAAUAAUAAUAAUAAUAAUAAUAAUAAUAAUAAUAAUAAUAAUAAUAAUAAUAAUAAUAAUAAUAAUAAUAAUAAUAAUAAUAAUAAUAAUAAUAAUAAUAAUAAUAAUAAUAAUAAUAAUAAUAAUAAUAAUAAUAAUAAUAAUAAUAAUAAUAAUAAUAAUAAUAAUAAUAAUAAUAAUAAUAAUAAUAAUAAUAAUAAUAAUAAUAAUAAUAAUAAUAAUAAUAAUAAUAAUAAUAAUAAUAAUAAUAAUAAUAAUAAUAAUAAUAAUAAUAAUAAUAAUAAUAAUAAUAAUAAUAAUAAUAAUAAUAAUAAUAAUAAUAAUAAUAAUAAUAAUAAUAAUAAUAAUAAUAAUAAUAAUAAUAAUAAUAAUAAUAAUAAUAAUAAUAAUAAUAAUAAUAAUAAUAAUAAUAAUAAUAAUAAUAAUAAUAAUAAUAAUAAUAAUAAUAAUAAUAAUAAUAAUAAUAAUAAUAAUAAUAAUAAUAAUAAUAAUAAUAAUAAUAAUAAUAAUAAUAAUAAUAAUAAUAAUAAUAAUAAUAAUAAUAAUAAUAAUAAUAAUAAUAAUAAUAAUAAUAAUAAUAAUAAUAAUAAUAAUAAUAAUAAUAAUAAUAAUAAUAAUAAUAAUAAUAAUAAUAAUAAUAAUAAUAAUAAUAAUAAUAAUAAUAAUAAUAAUAAUAAUAAUAAUAAUAAUAAUAAUAAUAAUAAUAAUAAUAAUAAUAAUAAUAAUAAUAAUAAUAAUAAUAAUAAUAAUAAUAAUAAUAAUAAUAAUAAUAAUAAUAAUGAUAAUAAUAAUAAUAAUAAUAAUAAUAAUAAUAAUAAUAAUAAUAAUAAUAAUAAUAAUAAUAAUAAUAAUAAUAAUAAUAAUAAUAACAAUAAUAAUAAUAAUAAUAAUAAUAAUAAUAAUAAUAAUAAUAAUAAUAACAAUAAUAAUAAUAAUAAUAAUAAUAAUAAUAAUAAUAAUAAUAAUAAUAAUAAUAAUAAUAAUAAUAAUAAUAAUAAUAAUAAUAAUAAUAAUAAUAAUAAUAAUAAUAAUAAUAAUAAUAAUAAUAAUAAUAAUAAUAAUAAUAAUAAUAAUAAUAAUAAUAAUAAUAAUAAUAAUAAUAAUAAUAAUAAUAAUAAUAAUAAUAAUAAUAAUAAUAAUAAUAAUAAUAAUAAUAAUAAUAAUAAUAAUAAUAAUAAUAAUAAUAAUAAUAAUAAUAAUAAUAAU